AUCAGUUAGUACUGAAAUGAUUGUUUGAUGAGGCGUAAUAUUCUUUUAUUCUUUGGAUAAUCAGUUCUUGAAUUUAGAAACCACAGUGGGAAUACAUUCAUACAUUUUCAUGCAUCUUUGUGUCAAGAAAAAAGAUGUUACAUUUUCUCUCCAUGUAUUGUGAAAGGAAAUGGUAGGUCUAAGUUCUUUAGAAUCUUUUGGUAGAAUCAAUAUUUCUCUCGAAAAGAGUGAAAAACCUUGGUAUGGAGGAACGAUGGUGAAUUUAUUCCAGUGUAUGGAAGGAGGGUUCUGUUGUUUGAUAUCAACUGAUAGAGCCAAAGACACAUGGGAUCUGACAUGGGGUUGUGUUAUGAGAUUCAGAGAUGGAAUAUCUUCUACAAAGGAAACAAAGGAAAAACUGGUCCUUGUGCUGCUGCAGCAGCAGCAGCAGCAGCUAGCAGCAGAACAAUCCAAAGUUGCAGGCUGGUUGAUGAUGGUAGGGCUGUGUGCCUCAGCUAAGGACACAGUCCCCCAGUUGCUCUCCCCUCUAGAGAGACAGCCUCAUCUCUGUAGGGAGAAAAGGGAUACAUAUUUAAUGGUUGUAAUUGGAACUACUCCUAAAUCUGUGUGUUCCCUUUCUCCCAUCUGCCUCUUGUUCAUACAGCCAUUCCACUGUCAACACUCUAUCAAUCAGGUGGGCCCAUUCCUCUGCUCUCUCUUGUUGCAGCAUACCCAUGAAGAAUACUGUUUCCAUUUCAUCACCUAAAGCCAAACCAACAUCUCAAACAGUUCCUUGGGGUUGGUUCUUUAUCCUUUCUGUUCUUCAUUUUUUUUUUUUUUUUUUUUUUUUUUGCAUUUUUGGAAUUUCAAGCAUCAUCUAUGGAUUUGAUCUGAUCUGAUUUGAUUUGAUUUGACCCUUCUUUCACUCCCUUGGUUUGUUUUGCUGAAAGCCCAAGUUAUUUUCCUUUCCACCUGGAAUAAUAUGUCCAAAUGAGCUAAUGGGGUAGAGAUGUUAGCCCAUUUCAAGUCUCCAAUCCUGCUGUUCUUUCUCAUGGCUGUUAGGGGAAACACUCUAAGAGUUCCACCGACUGUAAAUUGAUCAAACCCUUCUUUUGUGUGUUUGUUUGUGGCCCACUUUUAUCAGUUAGUCGGAAAUGGCAUUGUAAUUAUUGAUUGGAAUGAUUUAAUUAGGGGUUUAUUUUGUCACAAAAUCUCCAUGAGGGGAUCACAAAAUCUCAACAAUCCUAUUCCACUCCCAUGGCCUCAAAACAAUCUCCCCCACACCAUUACAAUUAUAUAAAUAUUCUCUCCCAAUCAACAUCCCUUCACUCCCCCCCUCCUUUUUAUCUCCAAAAUCUCUCAAGAACAUCAACCAAGUGUGUGUCUGAAUGGUAAUAGCUCAAAUCCAUCGCUAGUCGAUAUUGUCUCUUAGGAAGAGGUUCCUACACUCCGUUCUCCUCCCAAACUGGUGUGUGAUAUCACAAUCUACCUUCUGGGAGUCAGCUUCCUCACUAGCACACCAUUCCGUGUUUAGUUCUAAUACUAUUUGUAAUUAGAGUUUAGCUUGAGAGUGUGAUAUCACAAUCUACCUUUUGAGAGCCAGCUUCCUCUCUAGCACACUGUUGAGAUACUCUUGUAAUUAGAGUUUAGGUUGAAAUGGGUAUGAUUUUCCCACAUGGGUUGUGCAAGAAUCGGACAUGCACACAUUCCUUAGCCUUCAAACAUCGAAGCCAGCCAGCCAAUCAGUCAGUAAUUUUAUUGUUCAUAUUUUAUGAACCAUCAGUUUAUAUAUGCUAUGCUCCUCCCUGUCAUUUCAAAGAAUUUUGCUUCUCGAACUCCUCAUCCACUUGGCAUUCCCAAGAUAACUUUCUUUUAUCUCUUCCUUCCACGCAUCUUUCAAAACUCGACCACAAGAGAGGUUUGAGUGUUAAAAUAGAUUAUCCAUUCACUUUUCAUCAUGCAUUCUUUUUUUUAUCUAUUAAUUCUCCAAUAUGGGAUUCUCUGGCCGUCAAAAACUCAUAAAAAAUGCCACCAAAUUUCAUUCAUCCUCACUUCAUUCGCCUCCCCCAUAUCCCAUAUGUCCCUUCUUCUAAGGGAUAUAUUAUGAAAUUGAUUUCAAGCUAAUGCUUUUUGAGUAGGACAGUCGGCCCUUAAAAUAUUCUUUAUUCCCUUCCCCCUGUCCUUGAUAUUGCGAGACAAGUUCCUUAAGAGGAGGGCAGCAAAAAAGAAACUUGUAGCUCUCAGUCCCUUUAUGUAUAUAUACCCAUUCCCCCAUUCACUCUCGCAUUCCAUUUUCAGAAAACAGAGAAAAAACAGAGAGAAAAACAGAGUCAUCCUAUCUAUCUAUCUAUCUUCUUUGUCAACAAGGUAGCUAUGUGUAAUCCAAAACCAUCCUCUCCUAAUAAUUCCUCGUUUCUUACUCCUAACUACAAAGCCAACUUCAUGGCUACACCCAACAAAAGCUUGGAUAAUCAUAAUCUUAAUAAUAAGAACAAUCUUCUCAAGCCUGCUGAUGAUCAACUAGCUCAGCUUCAUAGAUUCCCCACUGUCUCUGAGGCAGUGGAGGAAAUGAAGGAAAUAGGGAAGAUUUCAGGUCCAACAGCCAUAACAGGGCUUCUUUUGUACUCAAGAGCUAUGAUCUCCAUGCUUUUUCUUGGCUAUCUUGGAGAGCUUGAACUUGCUGCUGGCUCUCUCUCUAUUGGCUUUGCUAAUAUCACUGGCUACUCUGUUCUCUCUGGUUUGGCCAUGGGAAUGGAGCCAAUUUGUGGCCAAGCUUAUGGAGCUAAACAAUGGAAACUCCUUGGUAUAACCCUUCAAAGAGCUGUUCUUCUUCUCCUUACUUCCUCUGUUCCCAUCUCCUUCAUGUGGCUCAACAUGAGAAGAAUCCUGUUAUGGUGUGGCCAAGAUGAACAAAUCUCUUCCAUGGCUCAAACUUUCAUCCUCUUCUCAAUCCCUGACCUCAUUUUCCUUUCUCUUCUUCACCCACUUCGAAUUUACUUAAGAACUCAAAGCAUUACUCUGCCAUUGACGUAUUGCUCUGCUUUCUCUGUUCUGCUUCACAUUCCCCUGAAUUUCCUCCUCGUUGUGCAUUUCAAAAUGGGCAUUUCUGGUGUAGCCAUUGCCAUGAUUUGGUUCAAUUUCAACGUCUUCUUCUUCCUUGUUUCCUUUGUUUACUUCUCUGGAGUUUACAAAGAUUCAUGGGUUUCUCCAACCCAGGAUUGCCUCCAUGGAUGGGCUCCUCUGCUUUCUCUUGCGAUACCCACUUGUGUUUCCGUUUGCCUCGAAUGGUGGUGGUAUGAGUUCAUGAUAAUGCUUUGUGGGCUUCUCGUAAAUCCCAAAGCCACCAUUGCUUCAAUGGGGAUUUUGAUUCAAACCACUUCUUUAGUUUAUGUUUUUCCAUCAUCUCUCAGCCUUGGAGUUUCCACAAGAGUCGGUAAUGAAUUAGGAGCAAAUCGACCCGCCAAAGCUCGUUUAUCAAUGAUUGUUUCACUCCUUUGCGCCGCCGUGCUCGGCGUCUUGGCGAUGGUGUUCACCACUCUAAUAAGGCACAAAUGGGGGAGAUUUUUCACCAACGACACUGAAAUUCUUGAACUAACGUCCGUGGCAUUGCCGAUUGUCGGGCUCUGUGAACUCGGAAACUGCCCACAAACCACCGGCUGCGGCGUCUUGAGAGGAACCGCUCGGCCGACGAUCGGAGCUAAUAUCAAUCUGGGGUCGUUUUAUUUGGUGGGUUUUCCAGUAGCGAUCAUAAUGGGGUUUGCGGUGAAAUUGGGAUUUGCAGGGCUGUGGAUUGGGUUGCUUGCAGCUCAAGGUUCAUGUGCUUUGAUGAUGAUUUAUGUUCUUUCUACAACGGAUUGGAUAGCUCAAGCUGAAAGAGCUAUGCAGCUUACAAAGGCUGGUUCUUCAAAUUGCAAUCCGCCAUUGUUGCCACUUUCAAGCUCUUCAGAAGAUGAUCAGAAUGUAAAAAAGAUUGAAAAUUUGGAGGAGAUUUUGUGCAGUAAUCAUGAAACUGAUCUUCUCUUACCCACUACAACAACAAAAAUUACUGUUCAUUAAGGCCUUUUUUUUUUUUUGCCCCCUAAUUUUUACCACCCAAUUUAUUUCAUCGACCCAUCUCUAGUUUUUAGUGUAGAAAUCACUACUUGGUUAAAUUAUGAGUUUGGGUCGUUGACUUUGUUUAGUUCUUAUAAAAAAAGCUUUAAUACACUUAUAAUCAUGUUUAUUUACUA